GUCUCUGAGAGAUGAAAGGGGAGGCCGCCUCCACUGACAGAAGCCUUUUGUUGAAACUGGGAACGUGAAGGCCAUGAGCAUGACCAGAUCGGGGAGAAAUAACACUAAAUCAGCACUACGGUUCACCACGUGUCAAGAUCAGGGACAUCCAGGUGUCGGAUUCCGAGUGAGCGGGCAGGGUCCAUUGUGUCAAAUCUCCUGCGUCUCUCCCACACACAACCAAACCGAGGAAGUAGAGAAAAGCGAGGAACCCCCAACCGCCUCAUAUUUAAACAUGCAAUAGAGGAGUUGUUGCGUCGCUUGACCAUACUACACUGCCACUUCAUCACUGGAUUCCUCUUCAUUUCUUUUGGUUUUCUUGGCCGGUUUGCCAAGCCAAACCCGUGUUUCGCCGGCCUUCUCGGAAACCUCCUCGCCCUUUCCAAAAUUUCCUUCUCUUUCUAUUUGUCCAAUCGGAUAAAUAUGAAUAAAAUAUAAUCUAUUUGAAUCCUAUUCGUUUUUAUUUUUAUUUUUUAUUUUUGUUAUUUUUGAAAAUUCAAAAUAGAAAUCUCUGCCAGUUAUCACGGCGAACAGCCACUGGCUACGGUCACCACCGACUGUUGUAUUCAAAUGAUGUGAUCGCAGCUUAGUAGUUGAUAUCAUAUGCAUCCCUUUUGCUGCAUCACCACCGUGUCCGACCCAAAUUCGGGGAAACCCUCGCAUUCAUUGCCGGAAUUUCAUAUGUCACCUCUACCUCCGGCCGUCGGUGGUGGAGGCGUUAGAUCUGAUUCUGGAAAUCGCAGCAACAAUCUAAACCACAAUCACGGCAAUAACAUCACCGAUCAUGGUCGUCUGACGGAGUCAAUGUCGCGACCGCCGUCGAUUUGUGGCGAUCAGCGGGAGGUGAAGAUCAACGAUAUCGUUGGAAAUGGAAUAUCGGGGAUUCUUUACAAGUGGGUGAAUUAUGGCAAGGGAUGGCGUCCUCGGUGGUUUGUUCUUCAAGAUGGAGUUCUAUCUUAUUAUAAAAUCCACGGUCCCGAUAAAAUCAUUGUCAAUCAAGAAACAGAGAAAGGAUCGAAAGUCAUAGGCGAAGAAUCGCUCCGGCGAAUCAACCGGCACAGGAACGGCAAUUCUCAACUCCGGCGCAAUCCUGUCGGUGAAGUCCAUCUCAAGGUUUCUUCUGUCCGUGAAAGUAAAUCCGAUGACAAGAGGUUUUCAAUUUUUACGGGCACAAAGCGGAUGCAUCUGAGAGCUGAAACACGCGAAGAUAGAGCAGCGUGGAUGGAUGCAUUGCAAGCUGUGAAGGACAUGUUCCCAAGGAUGUCCAACAGUGAGCUAAUGGCUCCUCUAGAUAAUGUUACUGUAUCAACAGAAAAGUUGAGGCAGAGGCUCUUGGAAGAGGGAGUAAGUGAGGCAGCGAUCCAGGACAGUGAGCAGAUCAUGAGGAGCGAGUUUGCGGCUUUGCAGAACCAGAUCGUGCUGCUCAAGCAAAAGCAGUUGCUCCUCAUUGACACACUUCGACAUUUAGAGACAGAAAAAGUUGAUCUGGAGAAUACACUAGUUGAUGAGAGUCAAAGACAGCUGAAAGAGCAAGGUGCUUCAUCUAGAUUGAGGCAAGACAAAUAUAGUGAAGGAAGUGGUAGUGAAUCUGAAGAUGACAAUGAAAGAGUUGAUGCUGCAGAGGAAGAAACAGAUGAUGAUGAUAAUACUUUCUUUGAUACUCGGGAUUUUCUUUCAUCAAGUUCUUUUAAAAGUACUGGGUCUGAUUUUCGGAUAUCAUCCUUCUCUUCUGAUGAUGAUGAUUUUUAUGCUGUUGAAUCUGAGGACGGUACUGAUCCUUCCAUCAUAUCUGUUGGCAAAAACUAUCCUCAUGUUAAGCGGCGCAAUAAAUUGCCUGAUCCAGUUGAAAAAGAGAAGGGGGUUAGUCUCUGGUCAAUGAUUAAGGAUAAUAUUGGGAAGGACCUAACAAAAGUUUGUCUUCCUGUUUACUUUAAUGAGCCUCUCUCUUCUCUGCAAAAAUGUUUUGAAGAUCUGGAAUAUUCAUAUCUUCUUGAUCGGGCUCAUGAAUGGGGAAAAAUGGGAAAUAGUCUAAUGAGGAUUUUGAAUGUAGCUGCAUUUGCUGUUUCUGGAUACGCUUCUACCGAAGGAAGAACAUGCAAACCAUUUAAUCCAUUACUAGGGGAGACCUAUGAGGCUGAUUAUCCAGAUAAAGGCCUCCGUUUUUUCUCAGAGAAGGUUAGUCAUCACCCUAUGAUUGUUGCAUGUCACUGUGAGGGUACGGGAUGGAAAUUUUGGGCAGAUAGCAAUUUAAAGAGCAAAUUUUGGGGUCGGUCUAUUCAGCUUGAUCCCAUUGGCGCUUUGACUUUGGAAUUUGAUGAUGGAGAAACUUUUCAAUGGAGUAAGGUAACAACAUCAAUAUACAAUCUUAUAUUGGGAAAGUUGUACUGUGAUCACUAUGGUACAAUGCGCAUACAGGGAAAUCGUGAGUAUUCAUGUAAGCUGAAAUUCAAGGAGCAGUCAAUCAUAGACCGGAAUCCUCACCAGGUGCAAGGUAUAGUUCAGGAUAGGCAUGGGAAAACAGUGGCAACACUAUUUGGAAAGUGGGAUGAGAGCAUGCAUUAUGUGAUUGGAGACUGUUCUGGCAAGGGGAAAGGAAAUGAUACUUUAUCAGAAUCUCAUUUGCUAUGGAAGCAGUGCAGGCCUCCCAAGUUCCCCACUAGAUAUAACUUAACACGCUUUGCUAUCACACUGAAUGAGCUCACUCCUGGAUUGAAGGAAAAGUUGCCUCCUACAGAUUCAAGGCUCAGACCCGAUCAAAGGUGCCUUGAAAACGGGGAAUAUGAAAAGGCAAAUUCAGAGAAGUUGCGGCUUGAGCAGCGACAGCGCCAGUCCCGGAAGAUGCAAGAAAGGGGUUGGAAGCCAAGGUGGUUUGUAAAGGAUAAAGGCAGCGAUACCUAUCGCUAUGUUGGUGGGUAUUGGGAGGCAAGAGAAAAGGGGAACUGGGAUUCAUGUCCUGAUAUCUUUGGCCAAAUCUCCACUGACCAAAUAUCGGAUUAAGGUUCGGGUCAUCUGUUCCGGUUUUCAAUUCUUUCUGUUGCAAAUUUUUUUCUAUUAUCCUAAAUGUUGGAUAGGCGGCUGGUGAUUGCUGGUGCUAGCAGUUGAGGAUCCCCAAUACAUGCAUGUAAGUAAAUUAGACGCAGUGUUAGUAGGCAAUAAAAGAAAUUCCUUUUUCCCCUUCAA